CUUAAAACUCUUUGGGCGAAAAUAUCCACUUUGUUAACUUCUUUUUCUUCUGUGAGAUUAUUAGGGUUUAAGGAAUCUCCCAGAGAGGUGAAGUUGGUGUAGGAGGAAGGAUUCGCUGAUUUUGUCCAGGAAUGAUGGAAUUAGGGUUUCCUAAGAUAGAGACAGAGGUGGAGGAUGAAGGAAAAGAGUAUUCAGUUAAGUUGGUUCCUUGGUUAAGCUGGAAUGAAUGGAACUGGGUUCGUGAAUGUUUAUUUUCCUCUUCUACAGAAUCCAUUAAUGAAGCUCUAAAAAGAAUAUCGGCAUGGAGAAGUAGAGGUUGUCUUCCUAUUGUUAUUGAAGUUACAGCCUCUAUUAUUGAAAUUCAGCUGAAAGAUCCUUUCUUCAGACUGGGUUCCAGUAAUGAAGCAGUAGACUCAGACGAGAUUCUGUCCAUGCUACACUGCAUGUCCAUUCUGAGGCUUGUAAAUGGGGUCGUUGAGAAGACACGGAAGAAAUCAGAAGUUUCGAUUGCUGAUGCAGCAAAUGCAAUCGGUAUCCCGCGUAUGCUGAUAGAUAUUCGUCAUGAGAGUUCUCAUCGUAAUCUACCUUCACUUAACAUUGUUCGUCUUGCCUCUGUAAAGGCACUUGACUGGCUUAAAUCUUAUUAUUGGGAGCCUCAAAAGAAUUCCUUACCAUUUAACACGGAUGGAAGCACUAACAUCAAAGAAGAAAUCAAGUCUAGAUUGCAUGAAUUAGCUUCUCAUUUAACCAAGAAGCAGGGCUCAGAGCCUCCAUCAAAGAAGGCAAAGCGUUCAAAGAAACAGGUUAAAAGGACUCUGCUUGUCCUUGUGCAGUUAUACUCUUCUUUCCCCAUGGAAGUGGUUGCCAUGAUGCUGGAGUUUCUUUGUAUAUCAGGGGGUGACGAAGCAGGACCUGUGGAUUGUUCUAAAAUAUCCGCAAGCGCGGCAGAUAUCUGGAAACUCAUGGUGACCAGAAUUUCAUCUAAAGAGCCAGAAUUUCUGCUAAUGAUACUCAACGAACUUCUUCAAAUGAUUGGGACUCGAGAAACCAGGGCACUCGAAAUUGGGUUAUAUCGACUCUCGGCGUCGCAGUACAAGGCUGAAAAUCGUCUCCUUGAAUACCUUUCUUCAUUGGUUCCAUGGCUCAUUGACAGAUUAAAGAAAGGAAAGGGUCCCAGUAAGAUAGGAUCUGGGGAUAAAAAUCUAAUGGAACUUCUGAGAAAGUGUCUUCUGGUAUCUUAUCCGGGCAAUACUCACCUUUCUGAGUCGGCAAUACUUCUUGCUCAAAUGUUGGGAAAUGAAAAUCUGGUGAUAAAACUAAAAAAGCUUUCUAACUUAAGAUUACCGAGUAUUACAUAUGCUGAAGAAUGCUCCAGUCUCCCAGGGGUUGAAAAGAUCCUUUAUGAGCAAGAGGUCUCUAUCAGUGAAGCAGCAAAGAAGCUGGAGCUUCUCAAACUACGUCGAGCAAAGGGUAAUUCCGGGAACACAACAGCAAUGCCUGCUAGUGCCAGAGAGAGAGAAAGCACGUGGAAAGAAGCUGAGUUUUGGAACGCAUGUCCCAUUGGUAUGUUGCCUCGUGUUCUUGGUUCAACAAGUGUUCUUCCCGUUCUCGAUCCACAAAUCAAAAGGCCUGAGGAUGUGCAAGUUACAGAAACCAGUUGUUGCAGUAAGAGACAAGCUAAUUGUGAUGUUGAGUCACUGGAGAUUUCAACUUUAAAUGAGAUAAAGAGUAGUGAAGCAGAGGAUUUGAAAGGUUAUUUGAUGAUUGGUGGUGUUUGGAAGAAGGUCAGACAAGAGGAGAUUCAUGCUAUUGAGUCUGCUAUCAGAAUUUUGGUGUAACGCGUUAAAAUAGUUAUGUUUUUGAUUUCAGGUGGAAGAGGAUGGCAGCUGCACUUACAGUAUUAGCGAAAAUGGUAGAACAGUUGCAACACAAUAUUUAUGUUCAGAAAGACGGAUACACUCCCAGCAAGAUACUAUUUCUUAAAAGCAGAACAUCUCCAAGUGAAAUCCCUGUCCAUAACUUCACAUAACUAUGCAGCAAAGACUGGGUAUUAAGGCUCUUUAGAGCAUUUUCGUUUAGUUUCAUGUCCUUGAAGGAUCUUUUGAGCUGUAGUAGAUAUGCAGCCUGAUUAAUCAUUAGAAG